GGCCAUGUCACCUCUUCUCUUUAUAAGGAUUUGUCCUCUGUGCAAACUCUCCCCAAAUUCGUCAUAAAACCUAAUUUCGCCGCCCCAGUUUUGAAUCUAGUCUCUCUUUUUUUAUGCAUUUCGAUCCUCUGCAACGGAGAUUCAUUCAAUUCGAGGACGUGAAUCAAUGCAGGGACCUGCUGAUUACCCUCCGAUGAUCGGAAACCGCCGUGUCGAGAUCCGAUCCGUUUGGGCACAUAAUUUCGAGCCCGAAUUCAGGAUCUUACGAUCGAUUUCGCGUCAAUACCCUGUGAUCGCCAUGGAUACUGAGUUUCCAGGUAUCGUUUUUCGUUCUGGCGGUUCAGAACCGUAUCUCCGGUACCGUGAUCCGGUGAAGCAUUACUCGACCCUGAAAUUGAACGUUGAUCGUCUGAAGCUGAUACAAAUCGGGAUCUCAUUGUCGGACGAAGAUGGUAAUUUGCCGGAUCUUGGAACGGAGUAUUCGUAUAUCUGGGAAUUCAACUUCAAAGAUUUCGAUGUUUCGAAAGACUCGCAUGCCUCUGACUCUAUUGAGUUGUUGCGGCGACAAGGAAUCGACUUUGAGAAGAAUCUGCGUAUGGGGAUCGAUUCGGUGAGUUUUGCGGAGCUGAUGAUGUCGACGGGUCUUGUUCUGAACGGUAACACGACUUGGGUCACGUUUCAUUGCGCAUACGAUUUCGGGUACUUGGUUAAGUGCCUAACCCAACGGCCACUUCCUGACCGUCUCGAGGAAUUCUUGCAUUUGGUGAGAGUUUUCUUCGGGGAGCAAAUUUACGACGUGAAACAUCUCAUGCGGUAUUGCCAAGGCCUUUACGGUGGUUUAGACCACCUAGGCAAGUGUCUUGGGGUGGAAAGAAUCGUCGGAAACAGCCACCAAGCCGGUUCGGAUAGUUUACUUACAUUGCACACUUUCCGAAAGAUAAGGGAAGUGUAUUUUGGCACAUUCAAUCCGGUUGAGAAGUAUGCAAAUAUGUUGUCCGGAUUAGAGCUCUGUUGAUGAUGCAAGAAAAGUUUUUGUUUUCCUGAAGACGUAGAUUUCUAUGGUUGCCCUGGGUAGAUGAUCUUUCUGUACACAGUUUGGGGGUUAUCAAUAAGAUAAAUUCGUUUAAAUUUCAAUCCCUUUCUCCAAUUGCGAUACUAGAUUCAUUCUUUCUCUUUUAAAAGAUCUCAGUUCUUUGCACCAUUCAUCGUUUUGAGUUCUUUUAGAAUUGUUGUUCAACCUGAGGAAUAAUGUAGAUAGUAGGAUACAAAGGGAUAUAGAGAAGGAAAUUUGCCCCUGCAAAGAGUUUCCUCAGUUAUAAACAGAUUGAAGGAUUAUAUGCAUUAGUUGUUGCCUUCAGUUUUCAAAUACCCGAUGGUGUAGACCUCGUAUAUAUUAUCCAUGUGCAACACUGGUGGAAUGUGCUUCACAUCUGGAAAUCUAACUUGUUCCACAAUGGUUUUCCUUAUCCUCUUUAGUGGAAUUGGGACAUGCAUUAAGGAGACUCGGUGGUGUAUUUUUUUUGUCCAGUGUUUCUGUAGGUUGAUCAGGGGAUUAUAAAGAGUGAGGCCAUGCCGUAGACGGAGAUGUUCCUAAUGAAUUGCCUGGAGAACUUCGUGAGUACUUUUUUUCAAGCCAUGAACUUCUGUCAAAGGCAGGAGACGUUCGGAAAGAGCUGAAGAGGCAAGGGAAAGUUCAGAGGAAGGGAGCUGAUUCAAGUGGCGGGUUCUACUGGCCAAGGUACGCAGCUAGUGUGAUGUUUGUUUGUAUAGUUAGCAUAUAUGUGUGUUUGCUGUUUGUAUGGUUUGUGGUUGUUAGCUGAAGUAGUUACAUAUGUGUCAGUAGUUAGCCAAAACAGUUAGGAUGAGAUUGUACAAAUAUGUAAUAGCAGGGGAUUGAGAAGGGUUAUGCAUUUUCUGAUUGAGAAGUUGUACGGGGAUGAGAAUAGGAGCCUCUCAAUACUCAAAGCUAUCCGAGUUGUACCUGUUUUGGUGAUCAAUAAAGCUGCCUAGCGCUUUCCUCUGUA